GCGCGGGCGCGGGGCCGGGGGGGCGCGGGGCGGCCAUGCGGCUGCUGCGCUGCCUGCGGAAACGGGCGGCCCUGGCCGGGGUGCCCACCUACAUCGAGCACUUCAGCAAGUUCUCGCCUUCGCCGCUCUCCAUAAAGCAGUUCCUGGACUUCGGUUCCAGCAAUGCCUGUGAGAAGACAUCCUUCGCCUUCCUGCGGCAGGAGCUGCCCGUGCGCCUCUCCAACAUCAUGAAGGAGAUCAACCUGCUGCCCGACCGCGUGCUGCACACCCCCUCCGUGCAGCUGGUGCAGAGCUGGUACGUGCAGAGCCUGCUGGACAUCAUGGAGUUCCUCGACAAGGAUCCCGAAGACCAGACCACGCUGGGGCAGUUCACCAAUGCUUUGGUCACCAUCCGUAACCGCCACAACGACGUGGUGCCCACCAUGGCACAGGGUGUCAUCGAAUAUAAGGACGCCUAUGGGGACGACCCAGUGUCCAACCAGAACAUCCAAUAUUUCCUCGACCGCUUCUACCUGAGCCGCAUCUCCAUCCGCAUGCUCAUCAACCAGCACAGUGAGUGUCCCCACGUGUGUCCCCCCUACCUCUAUGUCCCCCCCCCCCUUUCCCCCCAGUUCUGGUGUCACCUGCUUGGUUGCAACGCCAUGCGAGCCACCGUGGAGAGCCACGAGAACAGCCCACGUCUGCCAGCCAUCCGGGUGUUGGUGGCCCUGGGACAGGAGGACCUCUCCAUCAAGAUGAGUGACCGGGGUCUGGGUGUCCCCCUGCGUAAGAUCGAGCGUCUCUUCAGCUAUAUGUACUCCACUGCACCCACCCCACAGCUGGGGGCAGGGGGGGCCCCCAUGGUCGGUGCCCCCCUGGCCGGCUUUGGGUACGGGUUGCCCAUCUCCCGCCUGUACGCCAAGUACUUCCAGGGGGACCUGCAGCUCUUCUCCAUGGAGGGCUUCGGCACCGACGCCGUCAUCUACCUGAAGGCUCUCUCCACGGACUCGGUGGAGCGGCUGCCGGUGUACAACAAGUCGGCGUGGCGGCACUACCAGGCCAGCCAGGAGGCAGGGGAUUGGUGUGUGCCCAGCACCGAGCCCAAGAACACCUCCACCUACCGUGUGCCAUAGGGGUGGGGGGCACCUCCGGGACCCCCAGUGCGCUGGCACUUGGAUACGGGAGCUGGGGGUGGCAGUGGGGUAUUACGGGAGGGAGGGGGAAGCCCUUGUUGCCCCCAACCCACCAGCCUUGGUGCCCACCCCAUAGUGGGCACAGCCCCGUGGGCAGCGAGGG